AUGGGCGCGGGUCACAUGAAUGCCAGUAUAGGUAUUGCUGAACACAUGAUAGCCGCCGGCCAUCGCGUGUUGUUCACAGUUAACGAGCACUGGUUGGGCCGACUCAGCCCACACGGGAUCGAAGAGGUACUGUUGGCCGACUAUGAGGUGCCCUUCCGUCGGGCCGUUAACACUGAGUACGUGACCCGUCAAGAGUUGGCCGCCACUUUGUUCAGCGGUGAGUCUCCCGUACAGAAAGUACUCAUACGGGAGAAAAACCCUUAUUUAUGGAUCGAAUACAAUGAGAGUUUGGACGACAAUUUGGGCCGACUAUUGCCCGACAUUCGGCCCGAUGUUAUCGUAUUGAAUCAAUUGGCGACACUGCCAGCCAUGGAGUUGUCUGGCGUGCCCUGUGUCUGGUCCUGGAGUGUCGGCCCUCUUAAUAUGGUUAAAAAUGAGAGGGCACCGCCAGGAGAAUCAGGACUGUCCGCUACGGGAGACCAGGAAUUGUGGCGAGAGUUUAGGCAAUCAACUCGUGAGAGGAGAAAACCAGGUUUGCGGGCGUUUAACCAAUGGGUGGUCGGCCGGGGCUGCGAACCAUUGCCCGAACAUUGUAUGAAAAACGGGGCCAAAUAUCUUAAUAUAUACGGCUUUCCCCGGGAGUUGGACUAUCAGGACAUCCGGCCGUUGGGACGCAAUUAUGUCCAAUUUGACGGCUUUAUGCGGUCACUUGAACGGAACGUGACAUUACGGGUGCCGCCCGAGUUGGCCGCAAACCCCGGCGCUCUGGUGUACGUGUCGUUCAGCACAAUCGUGUCGAUGGAUGUGUCAAACAUGCGUCGAUUAGUCGCAAUUUUGGCCAAAUCUCAGCACCGGUUCAUCGUAUUGAUGGGUCCGAAGCAUAAG